AUGUACUGGAUUCAGUGUGUUGUAGUUCUCCUCCUGCCCUGGCUGGGGCAGUGUUCCCUCCAGUAUCCUACUGACUGCGCAGACCUGCUCUCAAGUGGCAGCAGAGUCAGUGGGGUUUACACCAUCUAUCCUGAUGGUGUUAGAACUGGUGUUCAGGUUUACUGUCAUAUGGGCUGUCAGGAAACCAUUGGGGAGGGAGGAUGGACUGUGUUUCAGAAGAGAGUGGAUGGUACAGUGAACUUCUUCAGGCCCUGGAACCAGUACAAGGACGGGUUUGGGAACGCCUCUAGCGAGUACUGGCUGGGAUUAGAGUCACUACACCAGCUCACCACCAACAGGAAGUACGAGCUGAAAGUGGACAUGGAGGACUUUGAGGGCAACAGGGUUUUUGCCAGGUACUCCUCCUUCGCUGUCGGAUCAGAGAUAGAGGGGUACAAGCUGACUGUCAGUGGCUUAACCAACGGAGGCGCUGGAGACUCUUUGUAUCACCACAGAGGGCAAAAGUUCAGCACGUUUGACAAGGACCAAGACUUCUGGGAAACUGGAAAUUGUGCAAUUAAACAUCUCGGGGCCUACUGGUAUGGCCAUUGCCGUGAAUCCAAUCCCAAUGGCCUUUAUUUGUGGAGCCCUUUAGUGGCGCAUGAUGCUGGUGUGGUUUGGAAUACCUUUAAAGGAAUAGAUUAUUCACUGAAAUCCAUCACUAUGAAAAUUAGACCUGUAGCUUAG